GGACACCCCACUGUCUUUAGCGGAGAUACGGAAUCCAGGCACCCUUCUUAAGGGUUGAAGUUCCCUCAGUCCACCAAACACUGUCCCUUUUGCGCACUGGUCAGUGUUUUCCCUAAAACGGCAGCAAUGUCUGUUUUGUCUAUGACUGUCUUGCUGAUAACUGUUUUUCAGGCCGAGGUACAGGGUUGGAGCCACCAAAGUCACUAUCUUGGAAGGAAAUUGGGAGAGUUGCGGAGAACACCUGAGUCGUAUAAUGUAAUGCUGCCGAAUGAAAUGGAGAGAAGCGCAAGCGCGGAACAUCUCAAGAAAGCGAUAGAGGAGAUAAUCAACCGGACCCGAGGCAACGAAGGCCACGCAGUGCGAGGCAGCCAGCCUACGUCCUUGCGAAGGUUUUCAGGGACGGCUUAUCAAGCCCCAGAUUCUGGCAUCCUGAAGCCGACAUCUUCAGUAAACUUAAUGAGCUCUACUGACACCCCUCUUAAAAACGCGAAGAAGUUCUGGAACCACUUCAUGUUCAGGAGAAGAUCUGACUUCCAAUCCAUCAUUCCUAUCAGGAAUAACGAAGUACAUCAAGAGAAGUGCAGCGCCGUCCCAUUUUUUCAGAGCGUCACUCACGAAAACUGCGAGACGGUGGUUCUGAGAAACAACCUGUGCUUCGGACGGUGCAACUCCGUGCACGUUCCCAACGCCGACGACGGCCCCCAGACCUUCUGCUCCUACUGCUCCCACGUGAAGUCCACUCGCAGGGCUGUGCAGCUGAGAUGCGCCGGCGACACGCACAUCACCAAGGUGGUCACCAUGGUGGAGGAAUGCCGGUGCGAAAUGCAGCGAGGACGACACUCCCAUCAUCACAGCGGACCCGCUCUUAUAGAUCCCAGCUUGCUAGGGAACCUGGCUUAGAAUAAAACAGAUUUACAGUUACAUGUAUCCGCUCCGGUCCGACCAGCAAAAUUGGCUCAGGGAGUUUUGGGACAGGACGACGACCGUUCCUAUGAAAAGAGCAGUUUGCAUUUCCAGUGCUUAUUUAAAAACAACCAAU